AUGCCAAGCGAGCCUUUUGCUCUGAAGACCCCGCCUGAGAGGGCAGAAGAAGAUCCUGUGCUUGAAGGUGAGGCGGUGCCAGCAGAUAACGAGCUGGAAGGUGUCGGACUCGACGGGAAUGUUCACAGCUCCGGCGAAGACCAGUCGAACUGCGCCCCCACAGAAGAGAAGAAAGAAAGCGGGGGGCAGAUGUCAUUCUUGACGCCAGUUGAGCCAACGACGAGGGCCCGUCGUGUCCCCAAGAGGAUAGAGUUGGAUCAAGACUCCAGCCUGAGCGAAGGAGAGAGUCAGAGCUCUUCCCUCGUCCUGGACUGCGAAGGCAGCGAUGACAGGCCGAGAGGCUCAUCUACCUUAUUUGUUGAGGUGAAGUGCUGGGGGCUGCCAGCCGGGUGGUCCUGCACUGCUAAGGUGUCGUUGAAGAGUGAGGGCCAGGAUCCGUCAGAUUCUGUUCAGCCAGACUUGAACAAUCAGGGAAAGAAGGACGAGGAUGCCAAGGUUGAAGGGAGCGAAGAGGAUGCGAAUCGACAGGGGUCCAUGGCGGGAGCGCGAUCUGGGCUGCACGACGACGAUCAAAGUUCUUUGCCUGGUGAAGGCAAGAUGAAGAGCGAGGAAGACGUUUCUGUGCAUGGAGAUGUCGAGGACGAGCAGGGCAAAGGCGAUGAGGUAGGAGUGGAAUCAGGAAAACCAUCCAACUCUUCAGAAAUUAUCCCCGAGGUGUCACAAAAGACGUUGAAGGUGAAAGGCAAGAAGACCUUGCUGAAUCUAGUCGACAGCCAUUUCGAGUUUGUUGCUCCAGACGGAACGCGCAUGGGCAGUUUGGAAGAGGCAAACACCACCGUCUCUCAGUGGUUUUCUUCCCGACAAGAUCUGGAGUAUGACGAGGUCUGCAAUCUCCCAGCAGAUGCUCUGACAGCCGCCUGA